GAAAAUUUUUAGUCUAAUCCGACCCGAGUCGCGCUCACCCCUGGCCGUUUAAACCGAUUAAACUGUCUUAAAAUUAACACAUCUGCCUUAACGAUUUCGCCCACAGCUGGGACCAUGGUUGUCGUGUGAAAACGGAUCGGCGUGACUCGGACUGGAAGCACGGACAGAGCCAAAAAAGCCCGUUUCAGGUGUCAGCUGGCAAAGCGUGAGUGUGUGUGAGAGUGUGUGUGAGUGUGUGAGUGUGUGUGCGUGUGUGCGUGCAGGCACGUGUUUUCCCAGCCCAGUCGGUAUUUGGAGCGGAGUGUGGCCUGAACACUUCACAGGGGGACAAUGAGCGAGCUUGAACAGUUGCGGCAGGAAGCCGAGCAACUACGCAAUCAAAUCCGGGAUGCCAGGAAAGCCUGCAGUGACUCCACUCUGUCACAGAUCACAGCUGGUCUGGACUCAGUGGGCCGGAUACAAAUGCGGACGCGACGCACUCUCAGGGGCCACCUGGCCAAGAUCUAUGCAAUGCACUGGGGGAGUGACUCCAGGUUACUUGUCAGUGCCUCGCAAGAUGGGAAGCUAAUCAUCUGGGACAGCUACACGACAAAUAAGAUGCAUGCCAUCCCACUGCGUUCUUCCUGGGUGAUGACGUGCGCCUACGCCCCCUCUGGGAACUAUGUGGCCUGCGGAGGCCUGGACAACAUUUGCUCCAUAUACAGCCUGAAGACCCGUGAGGGCAACGUGCGCGUCACCCGAGAGCUACCCGGACACACAGGUUACCUGUCCUGUUGUCGUUUCUUGGAUGACAACCAGAUACUGACCAGCUCCGGAGACACCACCUGUGCAUUGUGGGACAUAGAGACAGGCCAGCAGGCCACCAACUUCACUGGCCACACAGGGGACGUGAUGAGUUUGUCUCUGAGCCCCGACUACAAGACCUUUGUGUCAGGAGCCUGUGACGCCACCUCCAAGCUGUGGGACAUCCGUGAUGGCAUGUGCAGGCAAUCCUUCACUGGUCAUGUGUCUGACAUCAACGCCGUCACGUUUUUCCCCAAUGGGAAUGCCUUUGGCACAGGCUCAGAUGAUGCCACCUGUAGGCUGUUUGACCUGCGUGCCGACCAGGAGCUGAUGAUGUACAGCCACGACAACAUCAUCUGCGGUAUCACCUCUGUGUCUUUCUCCAAGAGUGGCCGACUGCUCCUGGCCGGCUACGAUGACUUCAACUGCAAUGUCUGGGACACUCUGAAAGGCGAACGUGCAGGUGUGCUGGCGGGUCACGACAACAGAGUGAGCUGCUUAGGGGUGACAGAAGACGGCAUGGCUGUGGCCACCGGCUCCUGGGACAGUUUCCUCCGGAUCUGGAACUAAACAAACCUCUUCCCUCUUGUACUCAAUCACUGCCUGCCAACUUCCUCCCCGCAACCCCAACUCACAUAUCCCAACUCAUCUGCUGGGCCGGACCUGAGGGGUGCACACUGUGUCAGCCGAAAUCCUCUCAACUCACACCCCCGCCCCCCAGUUCUCCUCUCUGCUGGUGACCUGCCCACCUGUGAGAAAGUACCAACUCUUUGUACCUUUCCAAGUGUAGUUUUUUUUUUCACCCAGCUAUUACACAGAGAUAAGAACCUUUCAGUAGAGUUCAUUAAUGAAAAAGAAGACAUAAGUAAUGAAAAACUGAAGGAAAAAAAAUAGAAGAUUUUGCCCUUAAACCAAUUCUUCUCUCGGGCGCGAUAAAAGGCAUCUUACCGUGACUAACAACAAACAAGAUGAGCGUCGGUGUGUAAUAUGUAAAUGUAUAUAUAAAGACAGUAUAUAUGUAUAGCAUUAUGUGUGUAUAUAUGCAUCAUAU